AAGGCGGGCACUGUCUGAAUACGGGUGGUUUGUGUGCUCAGGACUGGGAAAUAUCAGUCAUGCAGCAAGAACAUUUGUUCAAAGUCCUUGUGAUUGGAGACCUCGGAGUCGGGAAAACGUCCAUCAUCAAGCGCUAUGUUCAUCAGAUCUUCUCUCAGCAUUACCGCGCUACUAUAGGCGUCGACUUCGCGCUCAAAGUCUUGAACUGGGACAGCCAGACGGUCAUCCGCCUGCAGUUAUGGGACAUUGCUGGGCAGGAGCGUUAUGGGAAUAUGACACGGGUGUACUACCGAGAGGCUGUGGGGGCACUUAUAGUGUUCGAUGUGACCAGAGCCUCUACAUUUGAUGCAGUGCUGAAGUGGAAAGAUGACCUGGACUCAAAGGUUACUCUCAGCAACAGCAAACCUGUCCCAGUGGUUCUGCUGGCCAAUAAAUCUGACCAGUUACGGGAGGGUGUGUGUCCUCAGAUUCCCAAACUGGACACAUUUUGCAAAGAAAACGGAUUCGUGGGAUGGUUUGAAACCUCGGCCAAGGAGAACACAAAUAUUGAAGCAGCAGCCAGAUGCCUGGUGCAGCACAUACUGACCCAUGAGGAGAACACUGUCAGCGACUCUGAUCCAGACACAGUGACCCUGCCCAGCUAUAACAAUAACACCAAAGAUCGUGACCGGGCCAGAUGCUCCACAUGCUCCAAAUACUGAGAUCUGUGCUGAGGAGGAACAGAUGUCAGAGAGAGAGAGAGGGAGAGAGAGAGAGUUGGAGAAAGACAUGUUGGGCAUCAUUUUGUGAAGGUUGAUGCCUUUUCCCAACAACAACAUGCAGUGAAGAACAAGAAACAAAACAUUAAGAGGAGAAAUAAGAACAGGCCUUGAUGAUGUUCAUAGCAGAUAUUACAGACUUGCAGUGGAGGUGAUGCACAGCAAUGUGUACAGACAAUACCAACAUUUUCCCAGACCCAAAAGAACACUGUUGAAGAAAGUAAUGAAAUAUCUGUGCACUUUCACGUUUCUCAUGUAUUUUAUAAGUAGCAAAACACUACAUUUGUUGGACCAACUGCUUCUUGAGUAAAUAUGAAACCAGUAUGUGAGAUUAUUUGCUCCACAGGAACAGCAAAUGAUUAUUAUGCUGUACUAUCAGAUUUGUUGCAGAUAUAUCAAUCACAUGAGUAAAGGAGAGCAUGGCACAACAUUUUAGGGCCUAUAUCUUGGAAAAACAAAUUUUCCUAACUUUUUUUUAAGUUUCAAAAAAGUUCACCCAGUCUAUAUAAGAACACUAAGCUGCAGCAAUAGCACAUUUAGAAUUCCCUAUUUCUGUGAAAGCAUCCCAUUCACAUAUAUCAGUCUAUUCUGCCUACAGCAGUUUAGCUCCACCUGGUCAUGCUGAAGUUAUAAGGAGUGUUUCAGCCCAGACUAUCUUCCAAAUAAGGUGCAAAACAGGACAGAAAAUCUGAAUAAAGCUUAUUUACAUAUUUAGUCUUAAAAGCACAGAAAUAAAAAUGUUGUGUUUAAUUCUAAGUGAUGAGAGGUUGGAAAUAGUCAUAUAACAAUUAAUGAUGACUUUUUUUGAUGCAUAAAGCCACAACAUGACAAUUUCAAGAAAAAAGAUCAAGUACAAGACAAAUGGGACCUUUAGUACAUUUUAUACACAUCUCUGCUAUAAUUCCAAAUGUAAACUUUGUUUCUAGUACCUACCAUUUAUGAACAAUUCAGCCAAAAGCAAAAGAGUGAGUGCAUAAGUGGGGUUAAUUUUAACAUGACAAAACUAGUUUUAACAGUCACUGAAUGGAAAAGCAAUUUCAUGUAACUCCAUGUUGUUUGAACCAGACAAGAUUAUAAAUGAAACUGUAUGUAUCAAAAUAAAUAUUACUAAUAAAAGAGAUUGUGUCAAAUA